AUACAGAAUAGCAGCUGUAGGUGUCUGUUCUCCUCCUCCUCUCCUCUAGUUUUGUAACUGAAAAACCCAAAACCCCAAAGGACAGAAGCAUAAGCCUCAAUGAAUUUCGUCAGUCGGCAGUUAUCAACUGCUCUCUUCCGACGCCCUAACACCAUCACCAUAGGCUCUCUCAGUGGAUCGUCCUCCUUGUGGUGGGGCCCAUCUUCAUCGGUGGUAGGGCCCCACUACCAGCAUCACCAGCUGCAGGCGAGCCGAGGGAUUCGUGUUAGAGUCUUGAACGGAAACCUGGAGCAGGCUCUAGCUGUGAUGACCCGGAAGAUGGUCUCGAGCGGCAUCGAACGGUUGAUAAGGCGCCAGCAGAGACACCAUAUCAAGAACUCGGAGAAGCGGGUCCUUGCCCGCAAGAGGCUUGAACACCGCAUCCGUUCGCAAGAUCUCGCCCGCAAGCUUAGAUCCAUUCUCAUCAAGAAAGUCAGGGGUCUCUGAGAAUAGCUUUAAAGGAGGGCAUGCUAUAUGGGAGUGCUCACUGGACUCUGAGUUUUUGAGAUGAUCUCCUCAUCAUCUAUCUCAUUGUUAGUUUCAUCUAUUCAUCAAUCUACGGUGAGGUUUUCGUUGUGAAUUGUUUCCCCCUUUUUUGCUGACUAAAUUUUGCUUGGAAGCAAUUAGAGUAGCAAAUCUGGUCUGAUUGCUCAUCUCAAUUAUCGCUGUUUUAAAUCCCCGACAUUGACAGUAUGGCUAUUAAAUUAAUAUAAACGAAUACUCUGGGACCCGCAUUGUGUAAUGGAGAUGUCGACUGAUACCAACUUCUGAAAAAGACAGGUGAUUGCAAUCA